UUAUUUUGAGCCACUUAUUGCGACGUACUAACUAUAUCCUUGAGUAAUAUAUUUUACUUUUUAAAAUUUUGUAACUACUGUUAAUAUCAAAACUGUAAAUUUAGACUUCCUGCACUGAGAUAAACCCCUUUGCAUUUUAAUUAUAAAAUUAUAGGUGGUUUUAUUUGCCAAACUAAUAUUUUUUUUAAUUUAUUUUUUAUUCAUCCAGGCAAGACAGAGUAGGAUAGUUGAGUAAUGUUCUUUUUACCCAUAAUAUCUAUAAAGUUGCCUGUUUAGUCAUUUCUGAGACGUUUUCGACGCAUAUUUAGCUUUAGAUUCAUUUUAUCACAUAGCUUUUUCCAUCGGAAAUCAAGCUUUAAUUUUGAAAGUCCUCUCGUUUCCUGGUCUGGUCACGAGGUCUUCCAACAUGGCCGCGCCCUCUGUCUGUCAGCGCAGGUCGGUUUAAAUGAGUUUUGGAGCCGUAGCUCGCUUUUAACUAACUCAGAGACGAGCAGAGGAGUUUCCUAUAAACCCCCUUCAUCCUCUUCACGUUUCCAACAUGAGCAAAAACGACUUAAUCAUCCCAAUGGAUUUUCCUAAGUUAAAGAACGACACGUUUCUCCGAGCAGCAAGAGGAGAAGAAACCGAGCACGUCCCGGUCUGGUGUAUGAGGCAGGCUGGAAGAUACCUGCCAGAGUUUCGGGAGUGGAGAGAAGGAAAGGAUUUUUUUGAGACGUGUCGGUCACCGGAGGUCUGCUGUGAGCUCACGCUGCAGCCUCUGAGACGAUUUCCUUUGGAUGCUGCCAUCAUUUUUUCUGACAUCUUGGUUGUUCCACAGGCCAUGGGUAUGAAAGUCCAGAUGUUGACGGGUAAAGGUCCAACAUUCACAGAGCCUCUGAAGGAGCCUGAAGACCUGGAGCGGUUGGAGGCCAAAGUCGACGUCCAUAAAGAGUUAGGCUACGUCUUCAAAGCGAUCACACUGACCAGACACAAGCUGGAGGGCAAAGUUCCUCUCAUAGGAUUCACAGGAGCUCCGUGGACGCUCAUGUCAUACAUGAUUGAAGGUGGAGGUUCAGUCACGCAGUCCAAAGCCAAGCGCUGGCUGUACCGCUACCCCGAGGCCAGCCACAUGCUGCUGAAGAUGCUGGCGGAUGUGAUCGUUGAGUAUCUGCUGGGACAGGUGACCGCCGGCGCUCAGGCUUUGCAGGUGUUCGAGUCCCACGCAGGAAUUCUGGGGCCGGUGGAGUUCAAAGAGUUUUCCCUGCCGUACCUGCGGGACAUCGCUCGCCGGGUCAAAGACAGACUCAAGGAGGCGGGACAGGAUGUUCCCAUGAUUGUGUUUGCUAAAGAUGCUCACUACGGUUUGGAGGAUCUGUCUCAGUCUAACUAUGAGGUGGUCGGUCUGGACUGGACCAUUGACCCACAAUCAGCUCGGGAGCGCACAGGUGGGAAGGUCAGCCUGCAGGGAAACAUGGACCCCUGUGCUCUGUACGCUCCAAAGGAGCGGAUUUCCGACAUCGUGAAGAAGAUGGUGGCGGGCUUCGGCACCAGAGGCUACAUCGCCAACCUGGGCCACGGCCUCUACCCCGACAUGGAGCCGGAGAACGUCGGCGCCUUCGUGGAAGCCGUGCACCAGCACUCCAAACUCAUGAUCAAGCAGAUGUAACCAAACACGAAGCGGGUCAAGGUUUCUCAGAAAACAGCCAGGAAGCGUGCACCAGACUUUGGAUUUCAUUAAAUAUCGGAAUGUUUUUGAAUACGGAUCAGGAAACGCAUCGUCGUUGUUUUGAGGAUUUCUGCGGGUUUUAUCCAAAACAACAAAAACAACAUCCCCGCAUUAACGGAAAAACAUCCAAAUCAACAUGUAGAGAGCAGAGAACCGCGCAGUCCCAUCCCGCGCAGCUUUCCAGGAUAAACAUGUUGGGAUCUCUGGGAGAUUUACUCCUCAUCUGUAAUGUGUUUAUCUGAGCAGGAGUGGAUUAUGUUUGUGGAUUGAGAAGCCGUGACGCGGUUCUGUGAAGCGCAUGCUGGUUAAGUUUGUGGGAUCAUUUUGUGUUGACAGUGGAUGGAAAAGCUCAACAGCUUGUAUGUGGAAAGUAUUGGAAUUCUCUUUGCUUUUAUACCUCGUCUCAUGAUGUUAUUCUAACAUUUACAAAUACAAAAAUAAGGAGAAGACUUACAAGAAUUGCUCAUGACUUUUCUGUCUUGUUUAAUUAGGAAUAAGUCACACUUUUAGGAAGGUUUACUCUCAACCAGAUGCCAAAUAGCUGAACAAAUCUGCGCUCAGCGUGAAAAGAUUUCCAGAAAUUAUGCUGAUUUUAACAUUUAACUCUCACAAAAUCCACUUUCUGAAUGUGCUCUGCUUUAAAAGCAAUGUUGUUGUGAAAUAAAGAAGCUAAAAUGGCAAAAAUACAAACUAAUUUCAAAUAAAUACAUGUUUUUUUAAAUGAAUUUCAAAAUAAAAGCCUGGCUGUAUGGACCUUCCUUUGUCCUACAGCUUAUGGGACAAAAGUGA